AUGCACGUUUUCUGCCGCGAUGAGCGAUUGUUUUUUAUCUAUCACUUUUUGUGAGUUUUUUCUUAUUUAUCAGGAAAAGUUCUAGAAAUUGGAAACUUUUAGAAAUGAUGAUUAUUUAUAUCCCCAUGUAGCUCCAUUUUUAUCAAUCGGAAACUUUGCCGAAAAUUGUGAAGUGGAGAAGCCAAUCUUCCGAUUUUCCCCAAAAAUUCGACACAAUAUCGAGAAGAUGAAUAGUUGCCGACGAAUAAUGGAUCGACUAGAUGUUUUGAUUGAAAAUAACGAAUUGCAUCGUCACACUUGCCUAAUUCUUCAAGCCGGCUCACAAGCAACAAUGCGGCUCGCCUCAAAAACCGAACUUCGCUCCGAUUGGAACACCAUCGUCGAAAUACCGUUUUGUUUAUAUAUCACUGAAAAUGGCGAAUGCCCGCGAAUUCUGGAUUUCGAAGAUUUGGAAAAACACGAAGAAUGGCUGGCGAUAUUGGAACAAGUUUUGAUGCCAAUGGAUAAUGUUGAUGGGAAUUUGAUACCAAUUAUUGCACCACAACAAACCAGUCGAAUUGUUAAAGAUGCGCUGAUGAAAGCGAAGCAGAAUAAGAAAGAUAAUAAUAUGAAAAACUCGAUUUCUCACAACAAAGGAGCUGUUGGAUCGACUUCCACAAAUACCACUUUGAGCUCAUAA